UUUUUGUGUGCAACUGGAUUUCCCAAAAACAUGUCGCUCAUUUCCUCGGUCAAAACAUUUGUCAAAAACGGGAAAGAAAUAGCGACUGAUUUUUUAUCGGAGUUAACAGCACCAGAUGAAACUAUCAUGCCAGAAUUUCAUAAUGAUCUGUCACGAAACCAUCUUAUCGCCAAAAUUGUAUCAACAGCUUUGGGAAUAGCGGCAUCAUUUACACUCACAUAUUUUGGAAUUAAAUGGUUGACUGAUGCAAUGGAUCCUACCAAAAAAGAAAAGAAAUUAGCACAAGCUGAGGCUCAAAAGAUGUUAACAAAGCUUGGUGUGACAAAUGUAGGAAAGUUAACAGAUUAUGAACUGUGUGUAGCAGCCAACCUUUUAGACACUCGUUCAAUGGAUGUCACAUGGGACAGUAUUGGAGGACUUGAUGGUACAAUAGAGGAAAUAAAUGAGACAGUGAUUCUACCAUUCAACAGAGCUGACUUGUUCAAAAAUUCAUCACUUCUACAGCCUCCUAAAGGUAUCUUAUUGUAUGGACCUCCAGGAUGUGGUAAAACAAUGAUCGCCAAAGCCACAGCUAAAGCUGCAGGAGCACGUUUCAUCAAUCUCCAGAUAUCCACCCUGGUAGACAAAUGGUAUGGAGAGUCACAGAAAAGAGCAGAAGCUGUAUUUUCAUUGGCAGUCAAGUUACAACCUACUAUUAUUUUUAUUGAUGAAAUAGAUUCUUUCUUGAGGUCAAGAUCAUCGACAGAUCAUGAAGCAACAGCAAUGAUGAAGACUCAGUUCAUGAGUUUGUGGGAUGGCUUGACCACAGAUCCAAACUUGCGAGUCAUGGUGAUGGGUGCUACCAAUCGUCCACAAGAUGUUGAUGCUGCUAUAUUGAGAAGAAUGCCUAGUCAGUUCUACAUUGGCAUGCCAAACAGAGAGCAGCGUAAAGCUAUCUUACAUCUAAUCAUGGCUUCUGAGGAGAAAAAUGAACUUGAUUUUGAUCAACUGAGUGAGUUGUCUGAUGGAUUGUCUGGGAGUGAUCUAAGAGAGGCUUGCAGGGCAGCAGCAGUUUCAGUGGUCCAUGAGUUUGUUCAGAAAGAGGCCAGGAAUGCUAUAGGGGACACAAGGCUACGUAAAAUCAACAUGUCAGACCUUCAAACAUCUAUAUAUAAAGUCAAGGCUAGUAAAAAUUUGUCAUCACGGUUAACUCAAGGUCCACCACCUCCAUUAGAUUAGUUUUGUGAAGCAAUUUAUUGUAUGUUUGACAAAUGAAUUUUUAUGGUGUGAAAGAAAAACAUGAUCUCAGAAAUUUGUAUAAUUGAACAAAAAAUAAAAAAACUUGCUAAGUGACAAAUAUUGAUGAUGUCUCAUGAAGUGCCAUUUAAUAUUGCUGAUAACAGAUAUUUGAUUAGGUACUUUGAAACCUCAUAUUUAAUAUGCUCCUAAUUGUUGGUGAUAAACCAAUCAUUGGUUACACUCUACAUCAGCAGUGUGACUAGCUUGUACCAGUCAAAUGCAUCUGAGUCUGAAGCAGUUGAGUGAAAUGUAUGUGUAUAGGUUUAUGUUUUCACUUUUAUUUCUGUGAGGGAGUUACAUUGCUUGUAAAAAAAGAUUCCAGAGUGUUGAUUAUUUAUAGUUCUAGAAUACAUGCAUUAUGGUGAAGGAUGUUUAAAGAUACUGCACUAUUUGACUGUGACUGUAACCUAUUCAUACACUUAGCUGUACUCUGAGGUUUGUUCUUAUAAUUUCCAAGUAUAAUUAACAAUAAAACAUAGUCUUUGGAGUCAAAGGUUAAGGAAGAUUACCCAAUUUGAAGUGGCUUUGAAGACUUACCAAUGACCUACAUAUUUGGCCACAAACAAUUUAAGUUCUUUUUGUCAUCUGUGCCUUCCAUUGAGGUUUUUUGUCUGGGUAUGUGCCGAGGUCUUUGUAAGAAACGAUACAUCUUGAAAGUUCAUUAAAUACAGACAGCUAUAUAUAUAUAAUACACAUAUGAAAUACAUGUAAUUUUUAACCUCUGGUACAGAUAUAUAUAUAUAUAUAAUACAUAUAUGUAAUACAUGUACUUUGUAAUGUCUGGUGCAACUUAGAAACAAAUUAGUUUUACUUUUUUAAGUAAAUUUAAAUUAAACAAAAAUAGUUUACAUAUAAUGUCAAUAAAAUCAAUUUUUCAUGAGCCAUUUUUUUGGUUUGAUAGGAAUCACUUUAAGUUGUUUAUCUUUGUUUGAGAUUACUGAGAUAUCAGAUUAUACAGAAUAGAAAUAUCUAUUUUUUGAUAAGCUAAAUUGUUUACAUUUAUAAAGUACUAUAAUUAUAUACUAAUUUUGCUUCAUUUUUUUUUUCUUCUUUACAUUAAUGAGAAUUUGAAUGCAAUGCUCUAAUUAAAAAAAACAAUUUUUGGCUAAGUUGAAUGCUCAAUGUCCUAAGAAAGAUGAGCAUUACAAAGUGAAACUUGAAGCAAAAGGAUAGAAGAGUCAACAACAUGCUUCAAACACAGGUUUUAAUUAGAGACAAGCUUUAAACACAGGUUUUAAUUAGAGACAAGCUUCAAACACAGGUUUUAAUUAGAGACAAGCUUCAAACACAGGUUUUAAUUAGAGACAAGCUUCAAACACAGGUUUUAAUUAUUUUGUAACUAGUCAUUUAGAAUUAUUUUGAGGCUAGAUUAUUACAUUACAUUCUUUUCUCUUUAUUUUUUAAACUAGAAACUUAAUCGUUAGAAAUAUUAUAUCCCCCCCCCCAAUCCUUCAGUUAUAUUAUUGUUAGUUUUUUUUUUUAACCCCCACUUCUAAUAUUUGAAUUGUCUUUUUAUUUUCUAACUUCAGUUGAGACAAUGCAUCCCAACAAACUAACUUUACUUUCUAUUUCUAAUGGGAGAAGCAGGGGCUCAGUGGUAGACUGCUUUUUUGUUUACUAUGUCUAUUUCUAAUUUUUAUUACUGAAAGUGAGAAUAAACUGUUUAAAAAGAAAAGACUUCCCUCCCAAAACAUAAUUUUUGUUUUUUUUCUUAAUAACUACACUUAAAGUGACAUCCAGAUUAGAAGUUUUCACAUCACAAGUUGUUGACUGGUUUCAUACAAGACCAAAGUGACUGGUACAGAUGGGCUCCACUGAAUUUAUUUGUAAACCAUGUUCUCUACUUUACAUUUUAACACACUAACAGCCGGAUUUUAUUUCAUAAAUACUGGGAUUUAUUGUCAUAUAAAUCUGCAUAAUUAAAAAAAAAAGUACUUUCCCUUUCACCCAUUGGACAAAGAUGACACUUUCUUCAUAUAAAGAUGGAUCAUUUUAAUACUGAUCUUUCAGUUGUUCAUUUUCUUUUCUUAGCCCAGACUGAAGGACAUGAAGUGGUGAUGUGACUUUUGUAGUUAGAAAGUUUGAGUGUAUUUUGUGUGUAAAUAGUUCACUGUGCUUUGUGUAGCCACAAGGACAUAAUGAAAUCAAAAUACAAUGGUUUGGCUACAGACA